GUCGUGGAGUGAGUGAGAGUGGGUGUGUGAGUGGGGAGCAGGGGAGGGGAAGAGGUGUUCUGCCUGUCCGUCCACUUCACCAUCACGAGAAAGUAGGUCGAGUUGGUGGGGGAUCUGCAGCAAAGAUCACUACUUUCCCGCAGCUCAUCGAAGCCUUGGCCUUUAGGCUCUCGCGGGGUCCUCGCAGAUUGGUGGUGCAUCACGAAAUAUGUGCGGAAAGUCCAUGUCUGCGUGAACAGGACUGCCCGGGGCAUAGUCAGCGCGCACAACGGAGUGGAAGCGCGGGAAUGGCUAGGCCUUGCCGCCAGCGCGCCAGCAUCCUCGUGGGCUUCGCGUCUCCCCAGGCCGAUCUCGCCCACCCUCGAGCAGGCCCCCCCUCGCCCUCCCGUCCGCCCCAUCCGCCGGCCUCUCGCUCCCUGCCCGCCUCUCGACGAUCGCUCCGCGUGGCGGCGUGGGCCCUCGCUGUCCUCGCCGUCGCGCUGCUCCCCGCCUGCCCGGCCGUCCACGCUCGCUCCCUCGACAAUGCGCCGCCAGCUGCUGCCCCACCUCCCCCCCCUGCCAGGUCGGGGUACGACUACACGUGCCUGUACAAGGACAUCUCCAAGACGGACUGCAGCGACAAGAGCGUGGGGCCGUGGGGCAUCCUGACGUUCAUCAUCAUUGUGGUGGCCGCGGGGCUCAUCGUUGCCACGCCCUUCUUCAUCUGCUACCGCCAGACGCAGCGAGGCUCCAGAAAGCUCCGCAUCUGCUGCUGUGGGCGCAAGUACCCCGAGUAUGCCGAGGUGGAGGCUCGUGCUGCUGCCCACUCGUCAGACAUGCCGCGGCCGCCUGAAGUGUCUUCGUUUCGAAACAUGAGCACAAGCAACUCCGAGAAAUAGAAGGCAUCCAAAAAGGCCAUAGGUUAAUGACCCGAUAAUAGGUGUUGUGUAGGUGGGCCGUCAACUCACCACUAGUCUUCUACGUCUGCAACUGACAAUAGAGUACCCGGUGAAGUAACUAAGUGGUGUGCAGGGCCUCAGAUUCGUUUUGGGGCAUGCUGAUCGCUCAGGGUCCCCCCCCCCCUUGCCUCACUGUUUUUUCAGGCCACGCGAAGAAACUUACGCUGAUCAAUCAGGGUGUUGUAAAAAUUUUGCGCUGAAAAAACAGAGUUACCUACA